CCUCGAGUAGAGAUUCUCAGUUGGUGGAUUGGUGAGACCUGUGAAAGCUGUGAGCGGGCAAAUACGAACCCAGAAAGCGCAAUAGCGGACCGUGUUUAUCCGAAGGGACUACUGCAUUGACAUUUUUUGGUUUGUUGCGCGUGGGCGGUGUUCUAUGCAAAACGAAUUCCUAGUCUACUCCGAUAUCUAUUUUUUAAAGACGCUUCUAUAAUUUUGUUUUCCACAUCAUGGCAUCGUUACUCAAGAGGAUGGAUUUUCUUCUUCUCAUUCUUACAGCUUGCCAGAUUUUCUUGGCGAAAUGCGAGGAACCGAGACUCGUCAUCUCUCCGCCCCAGAGCAACUUGUACGCCCCUGCCGGAAAACCGUUCGGCCUGAUGUGCAAGGGAGAAGCGCAGGACGCAGAAGACGGGGCUUUCACAAACAUGGAGUGGAUAAAUCCCAGGGGUGAAAUUAUACCAGAAGGAACUCCGGGGGUGAAAGAAUAUGGCCUGGAUAGCCUCAAGUUGUCUUUCGUCAAUCCUAAAGCAGAUGACAGCGGGUCCUACAAAUGCACUGCGCUGUAUGGCAAUACCAAAACUUUGGAAGUAAACACGAACUUAACUUUUUAUGAUGACAUAAAAUUCGAGAAUUGUGAAGCCAUUCAGAACCUGAUCGUGGGGAAGAAGGGGUUCAUCAGCUGUCGACCUGUUGGAAAUCCUCAGCCGAGUAUCAAUUGGGAAAAGAACAAGCAGAGGGUACGAUCUGAGCGCGUGGCGGUCACUCCGGCCGGCAUAGAAAUCUCUUCCGUCACUAAAGAAGAUGAAGGACUCUACACCGUCGAAGCAUUCGUGCCGGCAACUGGUACCAAUAAAUACAAAAACAUCACCGUCAAUGUCCUGACUCCCCCAAGAAUAAUCGAGCUCCCUGAAGAAUUCGUAGCUAUCCAAGGGGAGGAGUACACCAUCACCUGCGGCGCAGAUGGUUCGGAGCCUCUCACCUACUCUUGGUUCGACCCUCAACUCCGUGACUUGAGCGCCGUGGAAGGAUUUAAGGUGCAAGCUGGUCUCCUGACCAUCUACCGUGUGGAAAGAAAUGCCGGAGGGGAGUACAAAUGUAAAGUAAGCAAUCCUGCUGGUGAAGACGAGGCCAUCUUUAGACUGGAAGUACAAGUGCGUCCGAAUAUCGUGCAAUUGGAGAAUCUAACCCGAGAGGAAAACAGCAUCGCCGAACUGGAAUGCAAAGCAGAGGGUGUUCCGAGGCCUGUGCUAUCGAUCAGGAAAGACAACUCAUUCCAGCCCCUGCAGGAUGGACAAGACGAGCGCAUUGUACUGGAAGAAGUAGAAGAGGGCGAAUUCAGCAUUCUUCGACUUCGUAUCUCGAGUCUGAAGCGAUCGGAUGAUGGCCUGUACUUCUGCAAGGCUUCCAACGCUGCGGGCGAUUCUGAGAAGGCCGGACACAUAGAAGUGCAGUUCAAGCCAGACAUGAAUUUGACACCAACCACAACGGUGAAGGCCUGGUCUGCUAAUCCAGCCAACUUGUCGUGCGUUGCUGAAGCAAAUCCAAACGCAACUUUAACCUGGAAAUUUCAGAACGAACUGAUUGAUCCAUCUGAUGAGAGAUACAAAAUUUAUGGCGGUGUUUCUUAUGGAAGCCUUCUGGUCCAUACUGAUAAGAAAACUCAAUUUGAGAUCUUCGGAAUGUAUACCUGCGAAGCUAAGAAUGCGAUCGGCGAUAACUCCAUCAACAUAUAUUUAGAAGAAGCAACUGAACCUGGCCAAGUUACUCAGAUCGUCUUUGACAAGGUCACCUCCACAACCAUAACUUUCCGCUUAAUGGGCCCUGGGAAUACAGGAGGCUUGCCUAUAACUCAUUAUAUUAUGAAGUAUAGAAAUGCAAACGACCCAGAGCAAAAUUCCGUGCUUGUUGAAUGGGCAAAAGACACUCCUUACAUUCUGAGUGACCUGAAGCCCAGAGCUAAGUACCACUUUAGCGUUGCUGCACGGAAUGUGGUUGGGGACGGUCCCUGGAAGAACGCCGAUUACAUCAUGCCCGAAGAGACGGUGCCCGAACCUCCGACCAUCAUCACGGAGCAGGAGACCAUCUCCAAUUUUCCAGACCGAUUUGAAGUGAGGUGGGAGGUGCCAAACGACAACGGAGAGCCCAUUACACAGUUUGAAGUGCGCUAUUUCAAGGUUGAGCGAGGAAUUAAUGGCUGGUCGCAAAAGGACAAGGCAAUUGAAAGAAUUAUUCGAAGCUGGGAAAGUAAUCCUUCGUACGAGUUGGUUGGACUUUAUCCAGAUACUUAUUACAAAAUUGAAAUCCGGGCUACUAACAAGAUUGGCAACAGUCUGCCGGAAUCGGUGGUUAUUAGGACAAGAGCAGGCGAAGUGAAUGAUGGUCAUACGAGCAUGCUGGACGAGCCCACAGUCUCCCUCCCCGUCAUCAUUGCGAUUGUUCUGGUCGCACUCUUUGUCGUGCUGGUCAUCCUGGACAUCACGUGUUUCUUCAGAUUCCACUGUGGACUCCUGUACCUGUUGAGAUAUCGCACUUGUGGGAGAUCGUCAGAGAAGAUGCAGGGAGUGGAGGAAGGCAGAGCUUGCGUUAAGGAGGUUUCCACUGCAAACAACGGAAAGAUUAAAUCAGAAUUAAGGUCACCAUCUUCUCCAGACCAACUACCGCCUCCUGACAAACUAUCCAAUUAUGAAGAAAAGCCCAAACAUGAAGUGGAUAACCUAGCAUUUGAUAAAGGCAACCAGCGCAAUGGUGAUGAUGCCAGACCAAAAUAUCCUUAUGAGGGCGCUCCCAUGCUACCAAUGAGAGGAUGAAUUAUUUCUAGACCUUGACUUUUGGGAACAGCAGGCCAGCAGACCUGAUCAUAGAUGAAAAUUUCAAAAACAAGUCCCCCAAAGGCUCAAAAACCAGCAUCGGCAAAAGCAGUCCCGUGUAGUGUGAAUCCAAGCUAUUAAAAUUUUCCCUCACUUUGAUCAUCAAAAUGAAAAUCUGGUGAAAUUAUUGCUGUUUCCAAAAACUCAACAUUACUACUUCAAACUCCUUUGAUUUAGUGUUGUAUUUACCAAUGUGAACGCGUUCAGCCGAACUGUCAGGUUGAAUGCCUUUACCUUUAUUUGCUUUGCAAACAGUAUUGCAACGGUAAUGGAAAGCAGAAAAAGGACUGCUUCUCAAACGACUCAGUAUUGUGCGAUCGGAUUAUUCAAUGUCACUUUUUCAUUUCCCCUAUGUGUGCAGCAGUUUUUGCCAUACCUCUUACCAAGCUUUACUCCAAUUCCGUGUGGACGGCAGCACUCGUGAAGGAACUGCACACUGAAAGGAGGAUUCAUGUCUUAAAGUGGAUUUUUAUUGAAAAAAAAAAUGGUCUUAGCUUUAUUUUGUCAUGUUUCAUACAUACCAAAUAGUUCCUUUCACAGCUUUUGAUGUAUUUUUCAUGCACUCUUUUUAAUUAUUAGUCUUCGAACUAGUUUUUUAAGUCAUUCCAUGUUUGUUAAGUUUCUGAAUUCCCACACUUUUUUUAAUCAAGUCUUUUUAAUCACUUUUGUACUAUAUAUAUAAAACUUGUGAAUUUGUAACAUUUAGUUCAUUGAUUGUAAUUUACAAAGAAAUAUUAUAUACAUACAUGAGUGAAUAUAUAAACAUAUAAUUUUCUAUGAAACUGUUCUAUGAAGGCUUCUAGGUAAAUUUGUAAUUACGAAAUGUUAGAUGUUUCUACAAUUUAGUGUUAUUAUAACUAAUGGGGGGUGGCAUCCUAUUUACAAAGUGAUCUCAAGGAUGCCAGGGGGUUCCGAGUAUUGAAUUGAAGUGAAAUGGUCUUUCUAGGAGCGAUCGCUACAAUUUACACCAUUUCUCCUGUCAUUUGUAAGCUUUGGAUACUUUACCGUACAUGCAAUAUAGCGAGCUUUGAAUUUUAAUUUAUUGAAUUGAUUUUAUAAUUUUAGAUGGUUUUUUAUUUUAGCUUUGUCAUGAGAUUCUUUCUUUUAAAUGAGAACCUAUAACAGCGUUCUAGAAAAUGCUAUUGCAAGAGUAAACCUGAUUUGUUUGUGAAAUUUAAAGCUCGUUGUAUACAAGAGUGAGUGAAUUUGAAUGUAAAAUUCUUUUAACUGCUUUUCGGCUUUCAGCUGUGAUGUGUGUGCAUGAAAGAAUGUCAAAAAUAAACGUUCUUAAAUCGUGA